AUGGUCAGGGACUACGACAUUUCCAACAACGAAAAGCAGUUUGUGCUUGCGGCCUUGGAACAGAACAUCCGGCUGGACGGCCGCAAGCUGCUCCAGAUGAGAGAUGUCCACAUCUCUGUCUCUCGCGAUGAGUACGGAUAUGCUGAGGUGAGCCUGGGGAAAACCAAAGUUGCAUGUCGAGUCACGGCAGAAAUCACCAAGCCGUACGAAGACCGUCCGUUUGAUGGAAUAUUUCAGAUUAGCACAGAUAUAUCACCCAUUUGCUCGCCAUUCUUUGAGAGCGGGCUCACCACAGGAAGCAAACAAUCGAACGACGAGAUAUUAAUUUCCAGACUUAUUGAGAAGGCCGUGCGACGUUCUGGAGCGCUUGAUCUUGAAAGUCUCUGCAUAAUCGCUGGUUCCAAGUGCUGGGCUGUCCGCGCCGAUCUGCAGUUUCUGAAUUACGACGGGAACUUCAUUGACAUCUCGUCUAUCGCUGUCAUGGUAGCACUGCUCCAUUUCCGUAAACCUGACAUGGAGAUCGAUGGAAACAACGUCAUUCUAUUUGACGAGGACCAGAGAAAUCCGGUUCCGCUCUCGAUACUGCAUAUUCCGCUGUGUUUCACCUUCCAAUUCUACAAUCCAAACGACGACGAGGAGAAUAUAAAAGGAAACCUGAACAACGAGUUGAUCUUGUUGGAUGCAAACCUGUUAGAAGAAAGACUCAGUCUGGGCUCGAUGACGCUCACUAUCAACAAGAACAAGGAGCUUUGUCAGAUGGUGAAAUGCGGAGGCCUCAACAUCGACGCCAGCAUGAUUAUGAACUGCUGUCAGCAUGCCAGUAAUUUGGUGGACGACCUUACAAGAAAGAUCAACGACGUGAUAAAGAAAGAUAGCGAGCUUCGCAAGAACCCUGUUGAAAAAGAGCUACAGGUGGUCAACCAAAGAGAAACUUAA